CUUGAAACUACUGAAUCCGGCCGAAAGAAAGAGACUUUUAGCAGUGCUUCCCCCACCCUCCAAUGCUACUGUUGUUAUUACGGCGACUGAAUCUCCACUCUUUCCCCCUCCUUACUGCAAUCGCACUCCGGCUGUGAUUGCUCGGGUCUGACUUCGCAAGUGGCGGUGCGCUUCCAAACCCCCUCAUCCGCCCCUCGCCCGGCUCUCCCCACUCCCUCCCUUUUCCGCGCCCAGGCGAGAGCAGCCGAUUGGCAGAGCGGGGCUUUCAGGAACAAUAACAGUGGGGGCAGCCGGGGCCCCGGGGAGCCUCCCCCGCCCCCGGCCCGGCUUCGGCUCACGCCCCCCUUGGGGUCCCCACCUCCGCGCCGCCCCGCGGGUUGACCGGCGCCCGGGCCCGCCCCCGGCGCCCACCAUGUACGCCUUUGUGCGGUUCCUGGAGGACAACGUCUGCUACGCGCUGCCCGUGUCGUGCGUGCGCGACUUCAGCCCCCGCUCGCGACUGGAUUUUGACAACCAGAAGGUGUACGCCGUGUACCGGGGGCCGGAGGAGCUGGGCGCCGAGCCCGAGAGCCCCCCGCGUCCCCCCAGGGACUGGGGCGCGCUGUUGCUCCACAAGGCCCAGAUCCUGGCGCUGGCAGAAGACAAAUCUGACCUUGAGAACAGUGUGAUGCAGAAGAAAAUAAAAAUCCCCAAACUUUCUCUCAGUCACGUAGAAGAUGAUGGGGAGGUUAAAGAGUAUGGGGAAGAAGAUUUACAGCUUAGACACAUCAAGAGACCGGAGGGGCGGAAGCCUAGCGAAGCGGCUCACAAGAGCAUCGAGGCAGUGGUGGCCCGGCUAGAGAAACAGAACGGCCUGAGCCUGGGCCACGGCACUUGUCCGGAAGAGGUCUUUGUGGAGGCCUCACCGCCGGGCACAGAGGACAUGGACAGUCUGGAGGAUGCCGUCGUGCCCCGGGCUCUGUAUGAGGAGCUGCUGCGAAACUACCAGCAGCAGCAAGAGGAGAUGCGCCACCUCCAGCAGGAGCUGGAGCGGACUCGGAGGCAGCUCGUACAGCAGGCCAAGAAGUUGAAGGAGUACGGAGCGCUGGUGUCUGAAAUGAAGGAACUCCGGGACCUCAACAGGAGACUCCAGGAUGUGUUACUCCUGCGGCUUGGCAGCGGUCCCGCCAUUGACUUGGAAAAAGUAAAGUCAGAAUGUCUCGAGCCCGAGCCGGAGUUACGGAGCACUUUCAGUGAGGAAGCAAAUACGUCGUCCUAUUACCCCGCUCCUGCGCCUGUCAUGGACAAGUAUAUCCUAGACAAUGGCAAGGUCCAUCUGGGAAGCGGGAUUUGGGUUGACGAGGAGAAAUGGCACCAGCUACAAGUAACCCAAGGAGAUUCUAAGUACACGAAGAACUUGGCAGUCAUGAUCUGGGGAACAGAUGUUCUGAAAAACAGAAGUGUCACUGGAGUUGCCACAAAAAAAAAGAAGGAUGCAAUCCCGAAGCCACCCCUCUCUCCUCACAAGCUAAGCAUCGUCAGAGAGUGUUUGUAUGACAGAAUAGCACAGGAAACGGUGGAUGAAACUGAAAUUGCACAGAGACUCUCCAAAGUCAACAAGUACAUCUGUGAGAAAAUCAUGGAUAUCAACAAAUCUUGUAAAAAUGAAGAACGAAGGGAAGCAAAAUACAAUUUGCAAUAAACUUUGGAUUUUUUUUUCGUAAAGCCUUUGCAUUUUCCUUGUGUGGCGUGUGCAUUUCGGGCGACGGUGCCAUCCAAGUGGACCACACCAGGCAUGGCCGUGUCUGGGCAGGGGUUCUUCAGGGCACUGAAGUCAGUGUCUUAUUCUGAACUUGGACUUUCUACUUCAAAGAAGGAAGAUGGAUUUGCUGAGACUCAGCAGAGCCUCAUGCCACCACCAGUGUUAUUAUGGGAUGGGAAAAGCACUUUUCACAGGGCUGUACAGCAUCAGAGUAGCCUGUUGGGACCCAAUAUGAACUGUUAUUUUUACCAUUAGAGGACUUCUCUCUCUGCUCCUCUAUUUUGUUCUAUAAUAAAAUUCCAUUAAUU